AUGGAGAGCCUCAGAUCUAAAGAAAUAUUCGACAAAACCGUUCCGGAUCCUUCGACCCCAGAAGAAGAUCUCGGCUUGCGAAUCUCAGCCAUCUUCGUCAUCUUACUCGCAUCGCUACUAGGCGCCUGGUUUCCCAUCUUCGCAAGUCGAGGCAGGGAAAGGAGAAAAGACAGCUGGGCGUUUUUCGUCGCGAAGUACUUCGGUUCCGGCGUCAUCGUCGCAACUGCCUUCAUCCAUUUACUAGCUCCCGCGCGGGAAGCUCUCACGGAUCCUGUCCUGAAGGAUGCAAUCACCGGGUAUCCCUGGGCUGAACUCAUAGCCCUCAUCAUGGUCACACUCAUGUUCUUCUUCGAAGUGAUUAUCAUGCGGCAGAGCUCCGCAGGAAGCGAGCAUCAGGAAGGAGGAGCCGCGGAGCGCAACUGUCUGAUCGAUCCUUCUUCCUCGAGGGCCGUGAAGCAAUACGGCACCACCAACGGUACCCUCAAUGAAACGCGCCCCUCUAGUACGACCAGCAUGCCGGGCACCGACCACUUCGGCCACGAGCGCGUGCACGCCGACUACGACGACUUCGCCACCCACUGCGAGAACGAAAGUAGCUCAAGUUCUGGACCCUACGCGGCUCAAAUAGUCGGGCUCUUCAUCUUGGAAUUCGGCAUCAUCUUCCACUCCGUCUUCAUCGGCCUCACUCUCGCAGUUUCAGGGGAAGAAUUCAAAGCGCUGUACACCGUCCUCGUGUUCCACCAAGCCUUCGAAGGCCUCGGUCUCGGAGCUCGUCUGGCCAGUAUACCCUUCAGCCACGCGCACCGCUGGACGCCACACAUCCUGGCUAUCGCAUUUGCGCUUUCCACACCAGGAGCGGCGGCGAUAGGCCUUGCUAUCCGGAGCGUGUACCGUGCGGGAUCGCCCGUCGCGAUCAUGAUGAACGGCAUCUUCGAUGCGAUUAGCGCAGGAAUACUGAUCUACACGGGGUUAGUGGAGCUGAUGGCGCACGAGUUCAUGUUCAGUCCCGAGAUGAGUCGCGUGCCGCUUCGGGAGGUUUUGGCAACAUUUGGGUGUUUUACUGCUGGUGCUGGACUCAUGGCCCUUCUAGGCGUAUGGAUAUAA